UGCAGCCCGCCAUUGUGUGUCUGAUUUGCAGCUGUAGCGAGAGAGAGCGACACGGGCGCAAACAUUCUUAAAAAUACUCGUUUCCCGUUCACUUUAACCCGCAAACAAACGCGCAGACUAAAACACAGCCUCCGGGGAGAGAGAAAUGUCAGCCAGCAGCCUUCUGGAGCAGAGACCGAAAGGCCAAGCAAAUAAAGUGCAAAACGGAGGUGUUACCCAAAAGGAUACUUUGAACGAUGAUGAGUUCGAGCCUUACCUGAAUGCUCAGCCCAGACAGAGCAAUGCCUAUACGGCCAUGUCUGACUCCUACAUGCCCAGUUACUACAGCCCCUCUAUAGGUUUUACCUAUUCGCUUAAUGAAGCGGCAUGGUCUACUGGUGGUGACCCUCCCAUGCCUUACCUGGCCUCCUAUGGACAGCUUAGCAAUGGGGAGCACCACUUUCUCCCAGAUGCUAUGUUUGGCCAGUCAGGGACACUUGGGAACAACCCUUUCCUGGGACAGCAUGGCUUCAACUUUUUCCAGAGUGGGAUUGACUUCUCAGCCUGGGGAAACAGCAGCUCUCAGGGACAGUCCACACAGAGCUCAGGUUACAGCAGCAGUUAUGCCUAUGCCCCUAGCACACUAGGAGGCGCUAUGAUUGAUGGACAGUCACCUUUCGCAGCCAAUGAGCCACUCAACAAGGCAGUGGGAAUGAAUAGUUUAGAUCAGGGCAUGGCGGGGCUUAAGAUUGGGGCUGGGGACAUGGCACCCAAAGUUGUUGGUUCUGGACUUCCUGGAGGGCCUCUGAGUCAGGUGUCGGCUGCUCCCACCAUGCCUCCAGCCUCCAUGGCUCCUGCAAAAAUUGCAUCUUGGGCAGACAUUGCCAGCAAGCCGGCCAAACCUCAGCCUAAGUUGAAAACCAAGGGAGGUCUUGGUGGGACAAAUCUGCCACCACCUCCCAUCAAACAUAACAUGGAUAUUGGAACUUGGGACAACAAGGGGACGGUGCCAAAACCAGCAGCCCCACAGCAGGCUUCUCUGCCUAUUAACGGACAGCCACCCAAUCAGUCGUCUCCUCAACCGGGCACUACUGCUGGAGGGGUGCCGCAGCUGCCCCUCACUAAUGGACAGCUAGUUCCUCCUACUGGUCAACUUGGACAGCACCCUCUUCCCCCCAAUGGGCAGCUGGGAGCGGUCCCACCACCACUGUCCCAGGGCCCUCCUGCUCCUCAAAACUCCCAACCAACCCGCUGGGUCCCCCCACGAAACCGUGCCAACGGCUUUGGGGAUGCAGCAUGUGGGCCUGGACAAUCCCCUCCAAGUUCAGGAAUGGGUGGGGUUGCUGUUCCAGCAGAGCCCCACCCAGUUCUGGAGAAACUUCGAAUGGUGAACAACUACAAUCCCAAGGACUUUGACUGGAACCCUAAGCAUGGUCGUGUCUUCAUUAUCAAGAGCUACUCUGAGGAUGACAUCCAUCGCUCCAUUAAAUACAAUAUCUGGUGCAGCACGGAACACGGCAAUAAACGUCUGGAUGCUGCGUACCGUUCACUGGUCAACAAAGGGCCACUUUACCUGCUCUUCAGCGUGAACGGCAGUGGGCACUUCUGUGGUGUGGCCGAGAUGCGCUCGCCUGUGGACUACAACACCUGUGCAGGCGUGUGGUCGCAGGACAAGUGGAAGGGACGCUUUGAUGUGUGUUGGAUCUUUGUGAAGGACGUUCCAAACAGCCAACUUAGGCAUAUUCGUCUGGAAAACAAUGAGAAUAAGCCAGUCACCAACUCCCGUGACACGCAGGAGGUUCCGUUGGAUAAGGCACGUCAAGUGUUGAAGAUCAUUGCAAGUUACAAACACACCACCUCCAUUUUUGACGACUUCUCACACUACGAGAAACGUCAGGAAGAGGAGGAGAGUGUGAAAAAGGUGGAUGUUCAGGGGAGUGACCCGUACUCCAAUAACUCCAGUCGUAGCCACUACAGAAUGCAGGAUCGCCAAGGACGUGUGAAGUAACAGGCACUGCUUUGGGCAAAAGACUGACAGGCCCUGUGCUUUCUCUCCCCGAUCUUACAACCAGAUAUUUUCAGAAAUUAUUUUGGGGAAAGAAUUAACCAAGGAUUUGAAACGAGGAAAAAAAAAAACUAAAUGAAGACUUUUUUUGAUUUCUUUUGACUUAAAAGACUGACUUCGAACUUGUAGUAAAAGAAAAAUGACACGAUUAUUCAUAGGACUACAACUUAAUUCUAUAGGAUUCUAAUAGUGAACCCAGUACUUCCUCUUUUUUUUUUUUUUUGGUCCUGUUUUUGUUCCGCUGCCUCUUCCUUCUGAUUUUGUUUUUGUUUUUCCAUUUUCUUUUUUUAGAAGAACAUCUGGUUUUACAGUCCAAGCACAAUGCUUCUCUCUUACUACAAUCUUGAGUGUUUUUUUUUUUUUAAACAUUUGAGCUCUAGUGCUCGGAUCCUGUAGGGUUCCCCCACCCCAUUUCUCUGUAAUCCCCUCCCUCUAUUGGAGCUGAAACCAUCCAGUCAGGACGCACAAUUGGCGUCGCCUUCGCAGUGGAUGUUCAAUUGUUUGUAAUUGGCCAGUAGUCAGUGCAAAGUAUCAGUAACUCCUAAGAGAAAAAAUGUUUUUGUCCACAGCCCUUAACCAAGAUAAAAAAUUAAAAAUUAAAAAAAGUACAUUCAAAAGAAUCAAAUAAAUGUUUAGGAUUGUCCUGAGUUGUUUUUUUUUUUUUUCUUCCUCUGUGUUCCCGUUUUUGUGUUUGUAAAAGGGGAUAAGUGGAGAAGCAGAUUUGAGUUAAAGCUUUGGUCGUUGGAUCAGUUUUAUAGUGUACAAAAGGGGCUGUGUUUGAGAGUUGUCAGCUUAUUUUUCAUUUACUCCUUUUUCUUAUGCAAGUUAAACUUUUUUUUUUUUUUUUUUUUUUUUUUUUGCAAUGGGCUGCUGUCCUCGUCUUUUUUUUUUUUAUUUUUUUUUUUAUCUUUUUCUUCCGUCUACAUUGAGAUGGGCCUUGGACCCUCUCUUUCGCAUAAUCAGUUCAUUAAAAAUAAAUGUGAUAUACUCUGCAAAACUUGUGUGAUGCAUUUCCCCUUAUUUGACAAAAAACUUUCAUGCACUAACCCGUGUCCCAAACUGCCUGGCCCCCAUUGACCCAGCACCCACACUCCUGACUCCUGUCCUACACUAGCUGCCUGCACACCUUCAACCCUCCUUCUGCUAUGUUCAUAUCGGUGCAUUAAACGAGUCCUGCAAAAACUGCUGGCAUUUAGCAGUGUCAGAAUAAAGAUGCUGCACAAAGUUUGAAGUGUGUUUGCUUUAUGGUGAACUUAAAGCUGUUGAAAUGGAAGAAUUUGGAGGUUGAACUUGAAUAUUUUGCAUCGAUAUUGUUUUUAUUGGCACUUUGAAGAUUUGGAUUUAAUCUUAACUGUAUCCUUGGCCGUCUGCUUAAUUUCUACAAACACUAUGUGCUUUCUUGUUAAGAAGUGUCUGUCAAGAGCAUUUAAUGUAACGUCACUUUGCGAAACAAAAGUCAGGUUUUGGUCUUUAAGGAACUUAACAAGAAACAAAUAAACUAAUGUCUGAAGAUUGUAUUGACAAAAAGAAAAUUGUUAAAUGAAUAUUCUGGGUUCAAUACAAGUUAAACUUAAUUGACAGCAUUUGUGGCAUAAUGUAGUUUACCGCUAAAGUUCAUUUUGACUUCUUUGGGGGAAAAAAACAAAUCUGGUUUACAGUGAGGUGCUUACAAUAGAAGUGAAUGGGGCUAAUUUGUAAAUGUUAAAAUGCUGUUUUAAAAGUAUGGCCACAAGGAAAUAUCAUUUGCAAACUUUUUCUGUAUAAAGUUCCAUUACUAAAAUCGAGAGUUCUGGCAAACCACUGUGGCAAACUUAUAUUGUUGCCACAGGUUUGCCAUAGAAGUGUUUGCCAGUAAUGGCAAAUUGUCAGUUGUUGCCUUAGGUUUCCUGCCAAUUCAAUGCUACAGGUGAAUAAAUGCACACUUCUGGCAAUAAUUUGCGGCAAAUUACAAGCAAAUAAUUUGCAUGUGAAAACGAGUGGCAAAUUUGCGAAAACCUUCGAUAAAAUGACUUAAAACUUUACAGCUCAAAUAAUACACAAGAUUUACAAGAAUUAAUGUAAGUGCUUUCAUAAAAUUAUAAACCUUAAUGUCUGCCUUUUAAACCCUCAAACAACUGGUCCCAUUCACUUCCAUUGUAAGUGCCUCACUGUUAUCUCGUUUUUUUAUAAUCAUCAGAUGCCACAAAAAUACUGUCGAUUGAACCUGUGGCUUACGGCUUAACGAUAACACUAAUGGUUCAGUUGCCAGGUCUCAAGGAUAAAUGAAGGCGUAAAUGAACAGUUAAAGUAGUUUUGCGUUCAACCUAAUGCUCGUUAUUUUCAUAGGGGUGUUUUAUUUAGUUCUGUCAGGAAUUGCCAACUUGGAGUGAGCGUUUUCUCCUUGUCUGUCACCUAGGUAUUUUCAAGAAAUUAUUGAAUUCCUUAAAUGUAAUUAUGAUCUAAGAAAUACAUUUGCCUUUUUAAUUCUUGUUGCAUUGAAUAUUUGAUGGCAUGUUUGGUACGCUGUAUUUCUUUACUCCUGCCGUUUUAAAUACGGCCUCUCGGUGGCGCUGUUUGCCACUUUGCCAUUAGAACGUGUACGGGUUUUCCUUGAGUGUGAAACACGCUCGUGUGUAGUAGAAAAUUGCUAAAUUCACUGAAGCUGGUUGAAAAUUAGGUGGAUUACACGUCUAAAUUGCGUGUCAGUAUCCUGAAGACAUAGUGGGUGUUCGUAAACGUUUGCCACUCUGAAGAAUUUAAUCAUAAAAUGGCGGCACGAUAUGGAAGUGACGAUGUUUGUCCAUUAGGGGGCGGCAGAUCUUCAUUUUCCGUGCGUUUUCAAAAUGCCCAAACUGGUGUAAACGACCCACUUAGAAUUGACUGAAACAGACACGAGUACUCGCACUUGUGACAAAUAUGAUUUUUUUUUUAUUAUUAUUAUUAUUAUUAUUAUUUGAUAUUUUAAUUAAAAGGAUUUUUUCUUGAAUCUGUCAAUUUAUAUUCUGGUUAUUUUAACAAAAGAUCUAUCCAAAUAAGCUUAGCUCAUAAUUGUUUGAAAUGUGAACAGGGCUUCUCCUUUGGAAUGUGGUAAAGAAAGAGGUGCAAUGUUUGUGUCUGUAUACAAACCUUUAUUUCUUGUCUUUACAUCACAAUCAUCAAACAAAAUAUUUCAGUGUCCAGCAACUCAUUAAAACAUUUGGGGGGUGGAAAUUGGGGCUAGUUGUCACACAUUUUACUCCAGUGAAUAGGCCUAGGGUAGGUUAGUUUUAUUUUUGGAAGUCAUUUUUUGUAUAGGCGCAUACCAUAAAAUGUUGGUUAAAAAGUUUUGACAACAUGCCUUAAUAGCGCUGCGUGUUGUCACAUUAUAAAGGGAAAGUUGUCAUAAUGAAACUUAACAUUAAACGCCCUAUCAUAGGCGUUCCAGCAAAUUUCAAACAAUUAUGAAACAGAACAAUUCUUGAAACAGCAAAAUGUGAAGGGAAACAUUCAAAACAUUGUUUUGGCCCACAAAUAUUGUAACUGAUCAGUUGUAUUAUUGGGGACUUAUUAUAAUAAAUACUUGUAUUAUUGGCUA